AUGUCCUGCAUCAGGCACUGCUUCACCGCGGAGCAGGUUGCCUUGAAGGUCCUCCAAAGCGACCUCAUCAAGGAGGCGGAGGACAGAGCCCGGGUCGAGCGGGAGAUCCAGCUCCUGAAGCUGCUCCGGCACCCACACGUGGUGCAGCUGUUCGAGGUCAUCGAAACAGCGGGGGCGCUUUACUUAAUCAUGGAGUACGCCUCCGGCGGCGACCUCUUCCACUACAUUGUUGAAAACCAACGGGUGCCCGAACCCCAAGCCUGCCGCUUCUUUCACCACAUCAUGGCGGGCGUCGAGCACCUUCACGCGAUGAACAUCGCUCAUCGCGACCUCAAGCCGGAGAAUCUGCUCCUAGAUGAGCAAAACUGCGUCAAAAUCGCCGACUUUGGGCUCAGCAAACGCUUCGACGACAACCAGCUGCUGAGCACUGCCUGCGGAUCGCCUUGCUACGCUCCCCCAGAGAUGGUUUCGAGACAGAGCUACGUCCCGCAAAUGUGCGACCUGUGGAACUGUGGUGUCAUCCUCUUUGCAAUGGUAUGCGGAGUUUUGCCCUUCGAGGACUCCAACCUCCAGGUGCUUUACGAGAAGAUCUUGGCAGCCAGCUACACAUCUCCCUCCUGCAUCACCGACUCCGUGAAGGAGCUGAUCCAGUGCAGGAGCUGA